UUAUCACAGAGAUUUAUGUGCUCCUUUUGUGUUUUUUUUUUUUUUCUUUCUUACAGAGAGGAAGUUCAGGAGAACUGUGUUCGCUGGAGGAAGAGGUUUACCUUUGUGUCUAAAAUGAGUGCCAACCCUCACACCGGAGUCCUGGAUCCUUCUGUCUGCAGGGUGUCAGUCAGAAAGGAACUCAAAGGAGGAAAAGCAUAUACGAAGCUGGGCUUCACAGACCUCAACAUGGCGGAGUUUGCGGGUUCUGGCUCCACUGUGCGCUGCUGUCUGCUGGAGGGAUAUGACACCAAGAACACACGGCAGGACAACUCCAUACUGAAGGUGAUCAUCGGGAUGACCCUGCUAUCUGGAGAUCCGUGUUUUAAAACGCCUCCCGGCACAGCAAAGUCCAUCUCCAUCCCAGGACAAGAACACACCCUGCAGCUGGACUGUAAGGGGGAGGGAACAGCCGAGCCUGGCCCGGCUGGAGGGGUUUCUCUGGGCCGAUCCUCCAAGCCUCGACCCUCCAUCAUCAGCUCAGGUCUCCUUGAAGAAUCAGAAGUGAACCAGCCCAGUCCUGCAGAACUCUUCCAGUCUGGUCACUCUCGUAACUCCAGCUAUGCCAGCCAGCAAAGCAAAAUCUCAGGCUACAGCACUGAGCACUCCUGCUCCUCCAGCCUGUCAGACCUCACACAUCGCAGGAACACCUCGACAGGAAGCAGCACCUCUGGGGGCUUGGGCUUCACUGCUGACACACCUACAGAGGGCGACAAGGACGCCGGACGUCCAGAAAGACCCCCUAGACCCCCGCGGCCUGUCUUACCCCCUAACAGGCCCCCCAGGAGGAAGCAGGACUCCGUGGAGAGUCAUCCCUCUUGGGUAAACGACACUCGCAUGGAUGCUGAUGAUAUUGUGGAGAAAAUUGUCCAAAGCCAAAACUUUGCAGAUAUCAACCACACUGAAGACAGCAACCUUCGCCUGUUCGUCAACAGAGAUGGAACCACUGCGCUCAGCGGCAUCAGGCUUGGAAACAGGGUCUCUGCAGGCGGGUACGAGCCUGUGGUCAUUGAGAGCCAUUAAACCGAGACCAUCAGGAGAGGCGACGUGUUGACCCGUGGGUGGUCUCCUCCUCUGUCUCGCUGGUUUUCCUGGAGCUUCAGCCGGUCUGAUGCCAUGAGGGGAAAACCUUGUCAGUUUGCACUUUAUGUGAAGUUUGUGGCAGUCUGCUUGUGUGCACUCCGUUCAGCUGUUUUUGUGAUGUUGAGAGCGACUCAGAGUGAAAACACCAAUGCACAAAAUGUUUCUGAGACUGCCUUAUGGUGUGUUUACCUGCUUCUCUGUUGCAGUAACAAAAGUAUGGAUGGAGAUUACAUUUAUAGUCCACAAAUUUCAGGAGCUCACACUAUAUAGUAAUUUUACCCGUUUAAUGGUUAGGAUACAGACACCAAAAUCAUCCAUGUGUCCAUAGUUUAUUGUUAUAACUGAUGCUCUAUGCUAACUCGAAGUAGGCGACUGUGCUUAUCCAAAGUAAGAGGAAGGAAACAAACGUGAGAUAAAAUGCCAAUGGGUUGCUGUCACUUGAUACUUUGUGUCCCAAUUCCGCACUGAAUACUAUCUGCAUGCAGUAUGUAAUAUUACCAUUUGUAAUAGUGCUGUUUUUGCAGGUAGUAUAGAAAAAAAAUCAACAGACUUUUCAGUUUUUUGUGCAGUUGGUCCGCAUACAGACGUCAAUGAAACGGUUAUGCUUGAAUGCCACUGGCAAUUAUAAUUUUAUAUUUUUUGUUAACCUAGAUUGUUCUUUAGCUACCACUGUCACUACCAACCCCAAUGUAUUUUACUUUUUUUCCAGUUGUAGAAGGUCCUCCAUUUCCUUUCUUCCCUUGUGUGACCUUAAUGUUCACUACACACUUUACACUUGCUCAGAAUUAGUAUCUAAUACGGAAUUGGGACACAGCUGCUGUGUGCUAGCAAGUCUUAGCGUGGAGCCAGUUAUGAGUUUAUAUUGUUUAUGCUAAAAUAAACUAGCAUGCAGCGCAGUGGUGUCUUGUUAGGGACAGUGUUAAUUAAUAACUUAAUUAACAGAGAGUUAAUUCUUACUUAAGUGACUGUCUAGACUAUCCUUUCACUGCUCAAAAAAGACAGUAUAAUUCACAUGGCAUGAAUCAGUCUAUAAAGUUUAUAAAGUCAACAAUUUCUGUAUCGGCACAGUUCAUUCACAGAAGUCUGCUGACUUGGAUCUUCUUAGACUGAAUUUCAGAGACUAUCUGUGGAGAACAUCUUGUGUGCAUAGGAACAGGAGAGGAAGUCACUGAGGCUGGACCGAAGUUACUCAUGACGUACUGGGGAUGUAUGGAUGAUAAUGGUUUUCAUGGAUUUUCAAUUGAUUCCAAACUUUUCUUUAUUCCUGUAAUAUCAUUUAAACAUUUUACCCACAACUCCUGCAGUAUGAUGUUCAUUUAUACCAACAAUCCUUUUGCUGAGUCAUUUUUCUAUAAGCAGUUACACUAACUUUUUAAUUUGGCCACAAGUUGUGCAGCCACGGAUAUUUAGCAGUAGUUUCACUGUGAAUUCAGAAGAUUAUUUUUUAACAUGUCUGAAACAUGUUUUUUUGAUGAAAAUUAAUCUGGCAGAUUUGUGUUGCUCCAAACUGCCUGAAAUUUUAAGCAAGAAUCCUACUGGCUUAGAUGUGUGGAGAUAAAAGUGAAGUAAAACUUCUAAACCGAGGCCCAAAAGCAAAACGUGAUAACUUACUAUGCAGUUCACACAUGCACUAGUGCGUGCACGGUGUUAUAACUUCCACUUACAGGCAGCGCAUCCAACACUGAAAGGGAAGAGUUGAGAGAACCACUGAGCAGCCGUGUAAAUGCAGAAACUCUGAAUCGCUUGAGUUUUUUUUUUCUUUUUGUUUGAAGUUGAUGCUGUUCCCUGUUGAUCAGGGAAAUGCAGUAGAACCACUUUGUGCCUGCAAAGUUUCUCUUGAAUGACCCGAAAGCACCACAAAAACUGUGAAAAGUGCUAGUGAUGGUGAGGAGAGAAAUGUUGUUUUCUGUUUUGGUUUCUUUACUCUGUUUUCUCUUUGUGUCAGUUGUGUUGUAACAUGCAGGUGUAGCCAUUUUGGAAAUCCCACUGUAUGCUUACUACAUGUAUAUGACUGCUGCACUGUUGCUGCAACUCCAUGAAGGAUUAAUCCUAUGACAUUUAGUUCUCGUCUCUCCUCAGCCAUCAGAAGUUAAAACAAAAUGUGAGGUCAGCUGAAAGCACUAGUUCUGUGGUACAAACUGUUCUGGUUUUACUGUGUCCCGUUAAAGAAGGGAUUUCUGCAGUGGCUCUGACUGUACAAGUCUUUGUUGCCCCCUGGUGGAGCAACAGCCUGCUGUCAGGUUUUUGUCUAUUCCCUUUGGUGUUUACAAGGAUGUUUACUUGGAGUUGGGCUGGUUUGUUCACAGCUGUCAUCAGAUGAACAAACACCAGAGAGGCAGGAAUUGUAAUGACCAACAUUGGCCAACCAGCUGGCUGGUUGAUGCUUUUUUUGUUAGUUUUAGAAACAAGUUUGAACUCUGCAAACUUGUCCACUUCAAGACUGAACAAGAAGGAUUUUAUGGUGUACAGAGUCUUAAAAUCAAAUUUGUCUGUUCGUAAAAAAAGGUGGAAAAAAGCUGUCAGUCUGUCAAAUAAUGCUUCCUUUUUUAAAUGCAGGUCCUUUUUAAUUUUACUAAUCUCUGGAAUUAAGGAUUUUAUGUUCCAAAGUUAUCCAGGAAAAAUUAAGUCAACGGCUGUAACUAGUUAUAAUUUUCCUCAUCGAUUUAAUCUGGUGAUAAUUUGCUUGAGGAAUCGUCUAGUUGAUUACUGAGAAAAGCAGCAAAUCCUCACAAUCUGGACAUUUGUGCUUGAUAAAUAACUGAUCAAUCAGUGACAUUCAUUUUCUUUUUCGAGCAGCUAAUCGACUACUCGUUUCAGCCCUAGUUUAGUUGCACCAGAAACAAACCAAAUAAUCCUUUUGGCAGAAUAUUUCCUCCUCAAUUACAAUAAAAAUCUGGUUUUAAGACUCUUCAUCAGUAAACUUUGAUGUUAUUUUUCCAGUGAAGCUGCAGUUCUAGCUUGUUGUUUCACAACUUGAUCACACUACGCUGGUUGAACCCAGCUCAUUAUAUAAGUUGAAUCACUUUACACUACACAUACGGUUUGUAUUUUGCAACUGUAUGUUUAUUAAUCACGUUAUUCUCACAUUUGGGGAUGAACCACUGAUCUUAUAGUCCGAAUUUGGGUUUACAUCACCACAGCCUUUAGUAUUCUUUUUAAGCAUUUAUUUAUAUAUUUUUGUUCUUUUAUCUCCUUUUAUUUUUUGUAUGGAGGUUGGUUAUAAGCUAUGCACACAACUCAUCUCCCUGAGCUUUUUUUUCUAUUAGUAAUUCUAACAAAUGAUUUUAUUGUAACAAAGAUAGUAUAACCUAAAUUUAUAGAGAAUCAAGAUGGAACCAUUCUUCCAAUCACAGCGUAGUCACUACGAUUUUGUUGUUGUUUUUUGUGGUAUUUCUGCAGAAAUGACAAUAAAAAGUUAAUCUGA